UCAGCAGAGGGGGGUGUUCCUGCUCCUCAGCUGUCCUCCUGAUAUAAACCCACUCUGUUCUGGACCUCAGUCCGUUUUUCGCACCAGCAGCAGCUCCAAACCCCUGCGAUGGCAGCGCCCAAGAAAGUGUGUGUGAUCGGCUCUGGGAACUGGGGAUCUGCCAUUGCCAAGAUCGUUGGUGCCAACGCAGCCAAAUAUGACCAGUUUGACACCACGGUUAACAUGUGGGUGUUUGAGGAGACGGUGAACGACCGCAAACUCUCCGAAAUCAUCAACACAGACCAUGAGAACGUGAAAUACCUGCCAGGCCACAAGCUGCCUGCCAACGUGGUGGCUGUCCCAGACCUGGCCGAGUCUGUGAAAGGAGCCGACGUCCUGAUCUUUGUGGUUCCACACCAGUUCAUCGGGAGAGUGUGUGAAACCAUUAAAGACCACAUAAAGAAAGAUGCUGUCGGAAUGUCCCUCAUCAAGGGUGUAGAUGCCGGUCCUGAGGGUCUGAAGCUCAUUUCCGAGGUCAUCCGAGGGAAACUGGGCAUCACUAUGACAGUCCUCAUGGGUGCAAACAUCGCUAAUGAGGUCGCUGAUGAGAAAUUCUGUGAAACAACCAUCGGGUGCAGGGACAAGGCAGUGGGGCCGCUGCUGAAGGAGCUGAUGGAGACCCCCAACUUUCGCGUGACUGUGGUGGAGGAGUCAGAUGUGGUGGAGCUCUGCGGGGCGCUCAAGAACAUCGUGGCGGUGGGAGCAGGCUUCUGCGACGGACUGGGGUUCGGGGACAACACCAAAGCGGCGGUGAUUCGUCUCGGCCUGAUGGAGAUGAUCGCCUUCGCCAGGGUCUUCUGCACAAACUGCCCCGUCUCCCCCACCACCUUCCUGGAGAGCUGCGGCGUCGCUGACCUCAUCACGACCUGCUACGGAGGCCGCAACCGCAAGAUCGGGGAGGCUUUCGCCAAAACGGGCAAAAGCAUUGAGCAGCUGGAGAAUGAGCUGCUGAAUGGGCAGAAGCUUCAGGGUCCCGCCACAGCAAGUGAAGUCCACGUAAUCUUGAAACAGAAAAACAUGUUGGAAAAGUUUCCUCUUUUCACUGCGGUUCAGGAGAUCUGCUUCAGUGGUCACCCAGUCACGGAUUUCAUCAAGUGUUUGCAAAACCACCCAGAGCACAUGUGAGAGUCUUGACUUGAGGAAUCACAGAUUGGAUGGAAGUUGGGAAAGACUUUUACUCUACAGCUUCUGUGUAACCACGGUGGUAAUGGAGGAGACACUUUCGGUCUUGAUCUUUUCUUGUUGAAGUCAGUUCGGUUCCCCGCCAUAGAAAACAAAAAGUAUCGCCCUUCGCCUACCUGAACUUCUGACAGAAACACCUUUUCUCUUUUUGUUUUUACUGAUUGAUAAAUUAUUGCUUAAUUCUUCCAAGUCUUAAACGUUUUAAGAUUUUAAAUCUCUGUGCCUUACAUGGACUGAUAUGCUAAUAAUGAACUCUGUCUUAUGAAAUGUUACAAAACAUUUUUUAAAUAAAAGUGGAUUUAAAAAAGCCCUGAACAAAACUCACUGCCACUAAAUGGUUUUAACUGAAACGAUGCAACAACCUACUUUGCAAAAAUGUAUUUUUCAAUAAAUUAUUAAAUCUUUUA